ACUGAAUCCUGACAUCUGGGCAGCACACCAUACAAUGAUGUGCCAAUCAAAACUGGGUAGAAUGUGGCACAAACAACCUCAAGACACUGGUCCCCCACAGCCAUCCAUUCUCUCAUUCUUCUCCGGAUCUAGGCUUUUCACCUCAAAGAGGGCUGGACACCUCCAUGAUCACAACCAAUGUAUCAGGAAAUGGCUCUGCUCUCUGGGAAUCCCGACCCCAACUUCACCCCCUACUCUUACAAUGGCUUCGAGAAGCUAUGCAAGGUGCAGGCUAAGAAGGGCUUAUUCUACAAGAAAGCCAGGCUCUUACAUCCUGGAGAAGACUCCUGUUGCCCCACUUACUGUGAGGACUGGCCCCAGCACGUCAUCAUCAAUGUGGGUGGCAUCAAGUAUAGACUCCCUUGGACUACCCUUGAGAAUUGCCCUCUGACCCGGCUGGAACGGCUAAAGUCCUGUCACAACCAUGACGAGAUCAUGAGCGUCUGUGACGACUACGAUGUCAGCAGCAAUGAAUUCUUCUUCGACCGCAACCCUUGUGCCUUCAAGACCAUUAUGAAUUUCCUUACCGCAGGAAAGCUGAGGCUCCUCCGAGAGAUGUGCGCCCUCUCCUUCCAGGAUGAGCUGGCCUACUGGGGGAUUGAGGAGGACCGUCUCGAGUGGUGCUGCCUUAGGAGACUGCGGCAUAAAGAAGAAGAGGCCGCUGAGGCCCAGUUCUAUGACACUGAGCUGAUGGUGAAUGAGUCUCCGCCUUGCGCCUUCCAGGAGGGCAGUCGGCUGGCUCAGUGCAUGAGGCAGCUCAGGGACAUGGUAGAAAAUCCUCACUCUGGGAUUCCAGGGAAGAUGUUUGCCUGCGUCUCUGUCUCCUUUGUGGCCAUCACUGCAGUCAGCCUCUGCAUGAGCACUAUGCCAGAUAUUCGAGCCGAGGAGGAUCGGGGUGAAUGCUCCCCCAAAUGCCACAACCUCUUUGUGCUGGAGACUGUCUGCGUGGCCUGGUUCUCCUUUGAGUUCCUCCUCCGUUCAAUUCAGGCUGAGAGCAAGUGCGCCUUCCUCCGGACACCACUCAACAUCAUUGACAUCUUGGCCAUCCUGCCUUUCUACAUCUCUCUUAUUGUGGAUCUGGCUUCUUCCCGAAAUAGCAAGCCAGGUGGGACUGGGAAUAAAUACCUGGAGCGAGUGGGACUUGUGCUGCGUUUCCUUCGAGCUCUGCGCAUCCUGUAUGUCAUGCGGCUGGCCCGCCACUCCCUGGGCCUCCAGACCCUGGGGCUGACUGUGCGCCGCUGCACCCGUGAAUUUGGGCUUCUUCUCCUCUUCCUCUGUGUGGCUAUGGCCCUCUUCUCCCCAUUGGUUUACCUGGCAGAGAGUGAACUUGGAGCUGGGAAGGAGUUCACCAGCAUCCCUACCAGCUACUGGUGGGCAGUCAUCUCCAUGACUACUGUGGGUUAUGGAGACAUGGUACCCCGGAGCAUUCCUGGGCAGGUGGUGGCUCUCAGCAGUAUCCUCAGUGGCAUCCUACUGAUGGCCUUCCCAGUCACCUCCAUCUUUCAUACCUUCUCUCGUUCCUACACCGAGCUAAAAGAACAGCAGCACCGGGCCUCGAAUCACGACAUGAACCUCUUGGAAGAGAGCACCAGGUCCCACACGGAAGACAGUUCUUCUCAGACAAUGGAUAGCUCCUUCCUACCUGGGGGGCCUGCAGCCGCCGCUGCCCUGGAGCAACAGUGGGCACUAGCAAAUCAUGCCUCCAGAAGGAGCUGCUGAUGGAAAAGCCAUAUAGGGCAUGGCCAAGCCAGCCCCCAAAGCAAUGGGAAAAGAGGAGCCAUUUCUUCCUCAGCCUCUAAGACUACACAGUCGGCACUGUGUAUAAAUUAGCCUGUGGACAAGGGAGACAGGAGAGAGAAAUAGAGCUAGGGAAGCUCAUUUUGAAAAACAAGGUAUUUUCUGAGCUUUGUUUCAGGGCCAACAUGUAUCCAGCUCCACUGUAUAUAAGCUUUUCAGUUAAGUCACCCUAAGAUGAAAUGUGGACUGGAACCCUUUGUGGACUUGGCCCCAAGACCAGGAAAAUGCAACCCCUCUCUACUACCUUCAAAAAUAAGGCUGAGCCACUUAGACAAAGCCCUUUCCUAACACCACCAGAUAAAGGGGAGAGGGGGAUGGGGGAGAGUCAGGCUUCAGAAACACAACCACCUGCUGACAGGUCUGAGCCUGACUCUUGGUAGUUAUGCAUAAAUUUAGUAAACAUGCAUAUCACUCUAAUGAGCUCUAGCUGCAGUGGAACCCAGCCUAUCCAGGCAGACACCCAACCUCUCAGCAGCUGGCCUUCUUAAUGAGAAGGUGGAAUGUCAAAGACAGGCCUGGGCUUUGAGAGGAAACAGUCUUUCUAAAAGCAGAUCAUGGGCCUUGUUCUCUUCCUACUUCCAUUAAAAAAAAAUUCUGUAACUCCCUAAAAAUUAAUUCCAAAUGCCUUAUGAAAUUUAAGAUUUUGAUUCAAAACAGUCUGGACUAGCUUGACUUUCAGUUGUAGGUACUUUUCUUCUUGCAGACACAUUGUUCUUAAACCAAGAUGGCCACCUCAUUUUCUGCUUGGUCAUUUAAUUAGCACCUGCUUUUAGAUGAGGGGGAUAAUACCCAGCCCUCUUACCUUGCCCAAAUGGUAAUAAAUUCACAUAUACCCAAGGAGGACUUUACUAAUUUCUCCUCUCCUCAUGCCAAAAGUCCUCAACUCCAGGGUAGGAACCAUUUAACCCAUGGUUAAACCACAAUCACCUCACUGACUCUCCAGGAUACCCUGUCUUUCCCUCUUAAUCAUGGCCCUGCCACCCGUUAGUGGAGAUUAAAGUAACUCAGGACCCCUAAGGAAUCUUCAGAUAGAUUUCACUUGGUCUGUGACCUUGGGUUGAGAAAAAAAAAUUAUAUCUUUAUUUUCACUAACUUCUAACUAAAAUUUAGCAUUUCCCCUUAUUAUGACUGUAGGCAAUGAAUCAUUAUUCUUUGAGAGGGUCUAUAGGUUUCACCAGACUGCCAAAAGUUAUCCAUGACACAAAAAAGGUUAAGAACCCAAUUUAGAUGAUAGUGACAUUAUUAGCUCCCCCUUGCAUGUAAUGAGGAAAUUGCUUUCUCCUCCACAUCCUCUUCCCCCAAAAAACUGGACUAUACCAAAACCUGCCACAGAUGUACUGUGGUCAAAAGAAGAGUAGUUUCUCAGGUACCCAAUUUAUACUAAUAAAUUGGAUCAGGACUGGCCUCUGACAUAGGUGACCUUAGACAAGUCACUUAGCUCUCAGGGGCCCAGGAAAUCCCUAAAUUGCUGAAGAGUUCCUGAUCUGCACUGAUAGAUGGAAUUUCCUCACCAAGAAUUCCUUAUAUCAAUGACAUCACAGGUUGAAGCCCCACCACCACAAUGGUAGGCAUGACAUUGUGUGCUCAGAUUGUCACCUCAGUCUCUCCAAAUUCUCCCAGUACUUUGAAUUCCUCUCUACCAUCCCCCAUACUGCUAAAUCCACAGUUGGCAGGAGCAGCACUAUCCCAUAAGCAUGAAACUUUUUGUUUUUUGUGGAAAUAGAGAGAAAUGGGAAUUUCCAAGUCCUGCUGCUUUUAAAUUUUUAAUUAAGAACAAGUAAACCAUAAAAGCCUGAUGUCAGGCCAUUCAACCAUCAGCCCUUGUUACUGGGAACUGGAAGAAUAAGCCUUCCUGGGCUCGGUCAGAAGAGACUGACCUAUGUGCAGAAGAAAGGGCCAUUGUCCCAAGCUGUCUUACAGUUCCAAGGCAGAAUAUGGGCCCUGCUGUCCUUCCCACUGGGCAGCCUGGUUUUAAGGCUACAAACAUAGGCAUACUCAGGGGCAAGCAGGGAGGAGGGUGGCUGAUUGGGGUGGGGAGGGCCUGUUCAGAAACCUUGCUGCUACGAUUUAAUAAAAAUGCCAGACCUCUU